UAACGGACGUACGCGCGUAAUUUGCCGCGAUCUGCCUGGUGCCUGGUGAUUAGCGGACGUACAUACGCGGCUGCUCGCGAUCGAUUCUGCGACUCUCGCUCUCCCGCACACUUGCACACGUUCGCGCAAAAAGACACCUGUCGGUGCGCCGUUACGCAUCGAUGAUAACGACGCUCGCAUCCCGAUUACGCGGCGACACGAUCGGGUCGAUCGACGCGGGCCACUUCGGCGAAUUUUUGAAUGAUUGUGAAUGAGCGUGGGCGUAUCACGUGACUGAUCGUAUCGUAUAGUAUCGUGCGGUCCGUCCUCCUUCGUGGAAAACCAUUGAUGAUUUCGCUGGAUGUCUCAUGUGGGCGCGUUCUUCGUAUUUGUAUCGAGUAUAAUUAGAGUUUUGUAUCGGUGACGGACGGAAGAAUAUAUCUCGGGACGAUUUGCAAUUGUGAUCCAGGAAGCAACGGCACAUCACAGCAGCAUCAUGGCGUUCGCCGGGCUCAAGAAGCAGAUCAACAAGGCGAAUCAAUAUAUGACGGAGAAAAUGGGCGGAGCAGAGGGAACGAAGCUCGAUGUCGACUUCGUGGAUAUGGAGAGGAAAACAGAUGUCACUUAUGAGCUCGUGGAGGAGCUACAGAUGAAGACGAAGGAGUUUCUUCAGCCGAAUCCAACUGCAAGAGCGAAAAUGGCUGCGGUCAAGGGUAUCAGCAAGCUCAGCGGUCAGGCAAAGGCCUCAACUUAUCCUCAACCGGAAGGUGUACUCGGCGAUUGCAUGCUCACUUACGGCAAAAAAAUGGGCGAGGACAGCGUUUUCGCCCAGGCUCUCAUUGAAAUGGGUGACGCUAUGAAGCAAAUGGCGGACGUGAAGUAUUCACUGGACGAUAACAUCAAGCAAAACUUCCUCGAGCCGCUGCAUCAUCUGCAGACCAAGGAUCUCAAAGAAGUAAUGCACCACCGGAAGAAACUGCAAGGCCGCCGGCUGGACUUUGAUUGCAAGCGGAGACGUCAAGCGAAAGGUUCUCACGUUUCAGACGACGAGAUUCGUCAGGCGGAGGAGAAGUUCGAGGAGAGUCUUCACCUGGCACAGAUGGGCAUGUUCAAUCUAUUGGAGAACGAUAUCGAACAAGUGGCACAAUUGGCAACCUUCAGCGAAGCUCUUCUCGAAUAUCAUCAACAGUGCACCGAGAUCCUUAGGGGGCUAACGGAAACACUUCUGGAGAAGAAAGAGGAAGCGGCGAAUCGACCGAAAAUGGAAUUUGUACCGAAAACGUUGGCGGAUCUGCACGUGGACAGUGGAUUGUCAGACCACAUGAACGGUGGGAACUUCUCCCUUCACGGGUCAAGUCGAGCCGGCUCUCCGAUUCACGGGGACGGGAAGCGCUCGCAGCUCGAGCUAUUUCCGGCCGGAAACCCGCCACAAUCUGCCAAUGCUUCACCCUUACCUUCACCGAGUAAAUCGCCUGCGAGGACGCCGAUGACACAGAGAACGCCGUGCUGCACAGCCCUUUAUGACUUUGAGCCCGAAAAUCCCGGCGAACUUGGAUUCAAGGAGAAUGACACGAUCACCUUGACCCAAAAGAUCGAUGAGAAUUGGUUCGAGGGCAGUUUGGACGGCCGCACCGGUUACUUCCCCGUGACUUACGUGCAGGUCGUAGUGCCAUUACCCUAAGAAGACGCCGCGCAUCUCGAAGCCAAAGACCCUGCAUAUUCGUUCACUAGCGUCUAUUAUUACUACUACUACUACUACUACUACUACAGGAUUAUUCUGCUCUCCAGCUAGCCUAAAAUCUAGAUGACCCCUCUCGACGAACUAUCUACCUAUCUAUCGUCACUUACGUUGCGGUCUCAAGCUUGUGUCCAGGACGCGUUCCAGAGUUUCUCUAUUCCCCUUUCACCCGCCCUACACAGAGCUCCCUCUCCCUUAAAUCCGAGAAUAGUCUCUAUUACGCAUGUUAAUGUACAUAUAUAAUGUUAUAGUGUAUUUUAUUCGACAUAAGGACUUUCGCGCACGCAGACACACACACGAUGAUAUACACGUAUAUACAUACAAUUAUCCAAGAAAUAUGUGCAGAUACAUAUAGAAAUGUUAUACAUGUAUACGGACACGUGAUACAUCACAGUUACACACACACACACACACACUUACUUAAUACAAGCACACAGACACAUCAAAGUACCUACGAUAGCAGUUCACUGUCAAGGGCGGCUCUCUCCUCUCAUCUUCUGUUUUUUAAGUUAUCUUCCGUCUCAUCGAGAUGCUUUCGAAAUAUUUUCACCAUAGUUUGAGUGCACAAAAGAAGGAAGAACAGAAAUCGAGCAUAACGCAAUACGAUUAUGGCGGAGCGCGAAUUUUUCGAUCUUUCCCUUUGGGAUUUAAUCCUUCCUCUCCCCCCCCCCCCCCGAGUUUCUAAGUUUCGCCCCCGAAAGCAUCGUACAUCGUCCCGACAGCGGGCUGAAACUCGGCGUUCGUUCCCAUUGCGCGCUGUGGCCCAUUUCGAACGGGGUGAGAUUGCUCCGGCAGAUAAAUUCUUUUUUGCUAGGGUAGAAUGAAAAUUGUAAGCUUAGCUAACGUAAAUUCUGAUUAAAUCCUUCUCUACCCUUGUUUGUACGAUAGGCAGUAUUGAAGCGAGACAGCGAAUUGUUGGACGGAGAAUUAGAAAUCACCCCGUAGCAAAGCUAGACUCUAAAUCGUCUUCAAUUUAAGGAAGACAUUAUUAAACAUAAAAUUUAAAGGGUGAGAUUUUAAACUUUCUGUGAAACGUUUGCAUUUAUAAUUAUUACGUUCUACAAUCUUUACAUGAUCGAACGAUUGAUAUAGUCUUUACAUGAUCAAACGAUUGAUGACAUUGGAGCAAUCUUACACGAUUCUAAUUACUUGCUCUCUUAGUGGAAAAGGAUUCCUGGCCAUGUACGUUUCUUCAUGGUCCUACUUAUCGUACAGUCGAGCGCAUGACUCCCCGCGAGAGUCUGAUCAUCUAAUCGCGGCAUUGUAUUUUGUGUUGGUCCGCGCGGCGCAAAAAUUUCUUUGUUAUUGUGUAGUGUCCUUCAAUAAUAAUAAUAAUGUUAUAGCGAUUCAUUCCAAUUUUGUCACAACCGAUUUUGACCGUAUUUUCGAUCGUUUGUUUCUUGUUCCCCCUUUUACGUCUUCGCUUGUUUCUUCUGUUUAGUUUGCUAAACGACACUAGCUAGAGUUUACUUUAAGGAUUUACUUUAAGCAAACUCGAAAUGGCGGCGAAUCUCUUCCACGAAGUCAUUAUCAAUUUACCUGUGAUUGUCGUAAAUAAUUCCUGAUAUUUGAUUGUUUUUGGGCAAUACAAUCUCGAUCUCUAUUUGUGAUUGGAAAAUUUUCGGAUCAGUGCUGAUAAUGAUAAAGUGAAGCUGGAGGAAAAUUUAUUUAUUGAAAAUGUUUAUAAAUUACUAUGAUGCUCGAAAUAUUUAGCUUUAUGGAAAGCAUCAAGAUCGUUUUGAAAUAAUGCAAAAUUAUUUCAUGAAGCAAGUAAUGUAAUUUUUAAUUAUUUAUAAUUUUUUAAUUAUUUAUAAUUUCCUUUUCUGUAUAUUUAUCAUUUUUCUUCGUGUACGUACUCGUAAUUCGUGUCGAUAUAUGUAUCGUUUUUUAUUGAAUUUUUAGCGUAUCCGAAACUUUUCCAACACUCUUUAUGAUACGUAUUAUGUAAUUCACAUUGUUAAGUUAAAGUUUUUGCUAUUGCAAUCUUUUUAGAGGAAUUAUUAAGUGUCAACAUAGCAUACGAAUUUUAAAUAUUAUUUCCAUUUUUCAUAUAAAAUUUUCACUUGAUAGAUAAUCGUUAAGUCCGCGAUAAUUAUUAAUUAGGUUUAGUCUUAAUUUUAGUUAUUAUCAGCCCUCCCGGCAUAUGUAGUGCAACUAAGAGUAAAACGAGAAUCAGGAACAACAAACUUCCUAUUUAACCCAGUAUAUAUAUAUAUAUAUAUAUACACACAUAUAUCAGAGCAUUUAUACAGUCUAAGUACAGUCUACGUGCAUGCCAGACAAUUUUACUUUUCGCAGCAUUCUACAGUCAAUUUCUCUUGCCCUCUGUCCUCUGACUUUGUAUGAGAGUUCAACCGCCAGAACAAUGAAAGUAAUUAAGGAACUUGGUUAUUCGUUGCCACGUGGAUUUUAGGUAAAUCUUCGAACGAUAUAUCUGCUAAGCAUAAUAUAUAAUGACACUAGAAUAUAUAUAUCACGUACAUAUAUCGUCAAUAGAGGCGAUGGCGAAUACGACGGCGUUAUCUUUUUAUUAUCAUAGCUUGUGUAUUAUUGUCAUUGUUAUCAUUAUGAUCUCUCUCACUCUUUUUCUCUCUUUCUCUCUCUCUCACUCUCUCUCUCUCCCUUUCUCGUCAUUUUCUGGCGAACUAUUUUCGAUCAAUUUAAUUUGUACAAUAUUGAAACGAAAUUACAUCAAGGAUUCCAUGGUGACUCUGCACAUCCUCCGAAUUGAAUGUAAGUCACUAAUAAGAUAAGAUAAAUAACGUAGAAGAGAUAGAGUAAUCUGAUUUCUGUAAAUUCCAGCUUCUACGAGUAUCCAGAUAAUUUUGCGGAAUUACUUUUAGAGCGAUUAGAGUAUAGAGAUCCUCCAGGUAGCGAUUGUAGAGUCGAAACGAUUUUUAAACGAGUCGUAGAAUUUUCGUACGUAGUAUACUGCGAUAAGGGCAAUAAAGGGCGACUUAAAGUAUCUAUAAUAUCUCUUAGUUGCAUUCUUUUGAGCUUAUUAUAAAAUAAAGCGCACAUUAAAGAUAGUGAAAUGACGUACAGUAGUGUGCUAGAGAUGCACUCAAGUCGGAGGACGUCCGCAGCGCAUCACGCCGUAAUGAAGGGCGCACGAAUUCGUUUGCAAUUAAUCGUUUACGAUCGAUCGCUCUACCAACAUGAUAUACCACCGAUGUUAUCACUUGCUGCUAUCUCACCAGUUAAGUCGCCAGUUAAGUCUUUACUUGAGAGAGAGAUGAUGAGUAAAAUAAUGGAGGAACAAGCCGUGAAACGUGAAAAAAACCCACACGAGUUUCACUUAUACUAGUAAAUCGCUAUGAGAUAAAACGAAACUUCUUUCAGAAUUCGAAGUGUUAUCGAUGUUGUGCAAUAUUAAGAGUUUAACAUCACGGUGUUUAGCCGAUGGGGGCCAUCGCUGGACCAGUGUUUCUCAAAGCAUUAUAACGAGAGAUGAAUGGGACCGGAGGGGACAAAGUGAAGCGAAAGUAAAGCGACUAUUUCGAACUGGUGUAAUAAUUACUUGUGCUAAUUAACGCGCGAGGUAUAAUGCGGCAAAGAUUUUUGCGUGUGCGUCGUCAACUGUAUCGAAGUCUCGCUUACUUUCGCUGCAAUGACUUAAUUAAACGGGCACGAAUCUUGACAAUGAUGAUUCUUAUUCUCGGUAGCAUCCACGCGUGAUAUACAUACUUUGAUAUAAACAAAUCAUUUUGUCCCUUAAUUUAAUUUUUUUAUUAAUUAAUUUAUUAAUUUAAUUUUUUAAUAGUUUUGACAGAUUCUGUGUUAACAGAAUUUGAUUUAAUUUAACAUUUAAGAGAACAGGUACUCGAUAUAAAAAAUUAAAGAUUGCAAAAACGAUUUUUUUAGCAUAAGCAACCGAGAAUUGGAAGUAACUUUGACCUCUCGCAGCUCGAUUGUGAUGUGGGAUCAUUUUGACUGUAUAGUGGAUGACCGGCGAAAUUUUGUCAAUUAGAACGAUAGCAAUAAAACGCUAAUUAUCCCGCGUCGAGAGCAGAGGCGGAUGGAUGGAUGCUUUAAGGUUCGAAAAUAAUGAUUUCUAGGUUUCUUAGUAAAUGAGCUUUGUUAUCGAGGAAAUAUUAAAAUACGAAUCCAAUUUUCAAGACGUCUCAAAACUAUUGCUAUAAAAAAAUGAUCGGAAAGGAAUUUAAAUUUUAUUACUAAUUAAGUAAUGUUUUUAUUCUUUUACCUGACUUAAUUACAGUUGAAUUUUUAAAUAACAUUUUGCUUAAAUAAAUCUGUUAUACAAAUGUGUUAAAAAAGAACGGCAGCGUACCGUUGUCUCUGGGACAUCUUGUAUGGCUUUGGAAACUCAACAAAUACCGUGGAAUAAAAUUAUUUCAGAGAGUUGAUAGGCUGGAAGCCUCAAAUUCAAGUACCCUUAAUGUCUAUACGAAUCCGCCUCUGAUCUUUGAGUGUUCUCGUCGAUCGGCAAAGGAAGAAAAUAAAUUUGAGAAACACUGCGCUGGGAGGAAUGAAAGAAGAGAUAUAUUAUAUAUACGCUACUACUACCUGUGCGGGAAGAGAUCUAUAUUGCCGUGUGAUAUGUUAAUUUAUACAUCGCAUCGGUCCGCAUUUUUACGUUCAAUUGUUCGCGGAUCGGUUCGCGCGAUCUGGCACGACGGAGGAAAAGAAACGAAACGGGAAACGGAACGAGAUUGGUGCGAUCGCGAGAGAGAAUGAAUGUAACGAUAAAUACUGAAAUCGGUAUCUUAUUCUAUAAAUGUUGGCUAUUGUUAAAUGUUGAAAUAUUGUUCAGCGGAGAGUUCGCGUGUCUUCGUCUGAGAGAUUAAUCUCCGUCUCAACGUUCUUAAAUCCUUUUCGGCAUUUUUGUCAAAAUGAUUUAAAGUUUGAUUAUUUAAACAGCAUUUAUAACAUUGCGCGAAGAAUUAGAAACCAACUGUGUAUUUAUCCCUGAAAUGAUCAGUGAUGUUUUACUCAGUUUAGCUUCAUUCAAUACGUCAUGUGAUUUGUUACAUUUUAUUUGUCAUCGAAACGUGUUAUAUACAAUAUUUGGAAAAUGUACAUAUAGAACGGACAAUUUUUAAUAUCGAAGCACCAACGAGUGCCUCUCAGGCGAGCGUGACGAGUUCUCCGCGCUCUAAUUGUAAUCUAACUAUUUGGGGAUCGAGCUGACGCGUCGAAUCUAUCGAUCCCCGCAAAAAGAAAUCACUGAGCAUCCUUGGUCUCGGAAGAAGAAGCUGUUGGUGUUUUCUCCUUCCUUUCCUUCCCUUUUUAAGCUCUCCUUCUGUCCAGUAUGCUUCAGUAUCCUCCUCUGCAUACUCUUCUCCACAAUCACGAACAUUUCCACUUCUGUGUGCAUGUGCGUGAGAGGCGCAAUGAAUUUCGUGUUCUAUGCGAAGUGUGCCCACUUAUAUUUUGUAAGCGCCAGAAAAUCCGGGAUUCGCAGCAGAUGCACGAAAUGCAUCGCGCGCAUGUUAAAAGAAAAAUUGAUCACGAUGUUCUCUCUAAGAUCUUGUAUCUCCCUGUGCGUUCUUGCUACCCUGAUUCCGUUCUGACCCCCCGUUUUGCGAUGAGCGCGACCAAUGGAUGCAACGCAGUGAUACUUUCAAGACAAUACAUUACAAUUAAUUACACUUAUAUUGGUAAUGAAUUAAUCUACUACGAUUAUAUUAAACUCGAUUAAAAAGAAAAAAAUAUACGAUAUAUAUAUUAUAUAUAUAUCCGAUUUCGGUCAAUGCUAAAUGAUUAUUAUAAUACUAAUUGAGAAAUAAAGUGUGCUCUAUGUCACA